AUGAGUGCCAAAAGUUUAGUUUUCUGUCAGUCAUUUCUCUUCGUCAUCCUCAUGCACUUUGCAACGUUUUCCAAACUCAUCCACCACUCUGCAGCACAGAGCGGCACCACCGGUGAUCGUCUGGCACUGCUUGCCAUCAAAUCCAUGAUUAAAGGUGACCCACAUGGUCUCUUGACCUCAUGGAACCAUUCCAGCACUGAUUUUUGCCAAUGGCAAGGUGUUACAUGCAGCCUUCACCACCAAAGAGUCACCCACUUGAACCUCUCAAACGGAGGCUUAAUUGGUACGUUGUCUCCUUCCAUCGGUAAUCUAAGCUUUCUCAGCGUCAUUCAGCUUUUUAACAACUCAUUUUCCGGUGAAAUUCCACCUGAAAUUGGUCGUCUCUUUAGAUUACGACAACUACGUCUCACUUACAACUCUUUCAUGGGAAACAUUCCAGCCACCAUAAUGAACUGCUCCAACCUCCAAUUUCUUAAGUUGGGUGGAAAUCAUCUGGUCGGCAAGAUCCCAGAUGCGAUCGGUUCAUUGUCCAUGCUAAGCAUCCUCUCCCUUCCCCUCAACAUUCUACAAGGCGGGAUUCCACCUGAAAUUGGCCGUCUCUUUAGAUUACGAGAAUUACGUCUUCAUAACAACUUUUUCACCGGAAACAUUCCGGCCACCAUAAUGAACUGCUCCAACCUCCAAGUCCUUAGCUUGGGUAACAAUAAUCUGGUUGGCAAGAUCCCCGAUGGGAUUGGUUCAUUGUCCAUGCUAAGUUUCCUCUCCCUUGACGGCAACAUUCUACAAGGCGGGGUUCCACCCUUCAUCGCAAAUCUUACAUUGCUUGAUACACUUUCUCUCACCCACUGUCAACUUGGUGGAAGCUUUCCCAACUUAUUCCACCGGCUGACUAACCUGAGAAGACUUUCAAUGGCUGGAAACAACCUUAUUGGUACCUUUCUACCUUCUCUUUAUAAUUUUUCAUCUUUAGAAGAACUGAGGCUCUUUGAUAAUAAACUCACUGGUAGAUUACCCAAAAAUCUUGGUUCAAUAAUGCCUCAUCUUGUACAACUUUUAUUGGGAAACAAUCAUAUAUACGGAAAUUUAGUGUCCAUCCCUCCGACACUUCAUAAGCUGGACAUGUCAAAUAACUAUUUUGGUGGAAAAUUACCUUCUCUCACAAACGGUUCGGCUUUAACAUAUUUGGACCUAUCAAAUAACUAUUUUGUUGGAUCAUUACAUAAUUUGGUUUGUUCCAACGGGGUGAACACGAUCGAGUUGGUUCAUUUGGGACAUAAUCAGUUGUCGGGUGUUAUUCCGGAGUGUUGGGAGAAGUGGUCGAGCUUGAAAGUCUUACUCUUAAGUGAAAAUAAUUUGUCUGGUGAGAUUCCAAGAACAUUGGGCUCUGUACCUUUGUUGCAAUUAGUGUUCAUGGGUUGGAACAUGAUUUCAGGAAGCUUACCUUCUUCGCUAACGAAUCUGUCAUACUUAAAGAUCCUUGAACUUGAAAAUAAUAAUCUUGCAGGAAUCAUUCCACCAUGGAUUGGAAUGAAACUCACUAUGUUGAAAAUUCUCAAUCUUAGAUCCAACAAUUUUUACGGAAAUAUUCCUAACCAGCUAUGUUAUCUUUCACAUGUUCAAGUAUUGGAUCUCGCUCAUAAUAACCUCUCAGGAAAUAUUCCUAGAUGCUUCAACAACUUUAGUGUGCUUUCGGGCAAAGAAACUAAUUUAGAGGUUCAAUUUUCAUUCAAUUUUGACGAUGUUAUUUUUACUGUUUAUGAUUUAUUGGUGAUGAAGGGACGAGAAGACACUUAUGGAUCUAUUCUAGGACUAGUCACGCUUUUGGACCUUUCGAGCAACAAUUUGUCUGGGCAGAUCCCUAGUGAGCUCACGACCCUCCACAAGUUAAAAUCAUUGAAUUUAUCAAGAAAUCAAUUGACAGGAAGGAUCCCAAAUAAGAUAGGAGACAUGAAAUCACUUGAGUCUUUUGAUUUAUCAGUAAACAAUCUUUCUGGGGAACUUCCUACGAGUUUGUCAGGGUUGAAUUUCUUGGGUACCUUUAACGUGUCCUACAACAAUUUGAUUGGAAGAAUUCCAACAGGUACACAAAUUCAAAGCUUCAAUGAGUCCAGUUUCAUUGGAAACAAACUUUGUGGAGCUCCACUAAGUAAUGAUUGCGUACAUGCUGACAAACCCGAUACAACAAGCGACCAAAAAGAAGACGGUGGAUCACACAAUGUAGAUUGGGGGUUGAUUAUUAGCAUAGCGCUUGGAUUUAUUAUUGGGUUUUGGGGCAUUGUGGUUUCAUUAAUGCUCAAUAGAUCAUGGAGAAUCACGUAUUUCCGUCUCAUGAGGAAAUUGAUCAAGGUAUAA